AUGGUGGAAAUAGAGAAAAUAUUGUGGGGAGAAGACACAAGAAGAAACAUUGGAGUCAGAUUAGUGAUCAGAACUCAGAAGAUUGUCCUGCGCGUUACAAAGUGCAAACUCCUCGAACAAUGCAAAAUCACCGACUCUAAUAUUUUUACGUACGAGAUAACAAAAACUGCUAG